AUGAUUAAAGACACUACUGUUAAGCAUAUGGAUAUCUGUGUAUACCUGUGCACCCAGUUGAGUGACAGUUGCUUCAGGAACCUUGCCGAGGAUCGUAGUGGGAUAAACCUUAAAGAUCUGGUCCAAGACCCUUCUUUGUUGGGUGGGACUAUAUCUGCAUACAAGAUAGUGCCAGAUGAAAUAGAAGAAAUCAAGGAGACGCUGAUAGAUUGGUGUGAUGAAAAGGAGCUUAAUUUGAUUUUAACAACUGGAGGAACAGGGUUUGCACCACGAGAUGUCACUCCAGAGGCCACUAAAGAAGUAAUAGAGCGAGAAGCCCCAGGGAUGGCCCUGGCAAUGCUGAUGGGAUCACUUAAUGUUACUCCUCUAGGCAUGCUCUCUAGACCUGUGUGUGGAAUCAGAGGGAAAACUCUCAUAAUUAACCUGCCAGGUAGCAAGAAAGGGUCCCAGGAAUGCUUUCAGUUUAUACUGCCAGCCCUACCUCACGCCAUUGAUCUUUUGCGGGAUGCCAUUGUAAAAGUUAAGGAGGUGCACGAUGAGCUUGAAGAUCUACCUUCACCACCACCUCCUCUUUCUCCUCCUCCAACUACCAGCCCUCACAAGCAGACAGAAGACAAAGGAGUACAGUGUGAGGAAGAGGAGGAAGAGAAGAAGGAUAGUGGAGUUGCCUCAACAGAGGACAGUUCUUCUUCACAUAUAACAGCAGCAGCCAUUGCAGCUAAGAAGCAUCCAUCCUACACCAGUUCAGCUGUUAUCAUGGCAAAAGGUGAACAGCCCAUCCCUGGUCUCAUCAGUUAUUGCCAUCAUGCAGCAGGCAGUGCAGGAGAACCGAUUCCAGAUUCCAUCAUCUCUCGUGGUGUUCAGGUGCUCCCACGUGAUACAGCCUCCCUCAGUACUACUCCUUCAGAAUCUCCUCGUGCCCAGGCCACCUCUCGUCUCUCCACUGCAUCCUGCCCGACACCAAAAGUCCAGUCUAGGUGCAGCAGCAAGGAGAACAUCCUUAGAGCAAGUCACAGUGCUGUUGACAUUACCAAGGUAGCAAGAAGACACCGCAUGUCUCCAUUCCCAUUGACAUCUAUGGACAAGGCCUUCAUCACAGUUCUGGAGAUGACCCCAGUGCUUGGAACAGAAAUCAUCAAUUACAGAGAUGGAAUGGGCCGAGUCCUUGCUCAAGAUGUAUAUGCAAAAGAUAAUCUACCACCAUUUCCAGCAUCAGUAAAAGAUGGCUAUGCUGUCAGAGCUGCUGAUGGCCCCGGAGAUCGAUUCAUCAUAGGGGAAUCCCAGGCUGGUGAGCAGCCAACUCAGACUGUGAUGCCUGGUCAGGUAAUGCGCGUUACAACCGGUGCUCCAAUUCCAUGUGGUGCUGAUGCAGUGGUGCAAGUGGAAGAUACAGAGCUCAUCAGGGAAUCAGAUGAUGGCACAGAAGAACUAGAGGUUCGAAUCCUGGUGCAGGCUCGACCAGGCCAAGAUAUCAGACCUAUAGGACAUGACAUUAAAAGAGGUGAAUGUGUGCUGGCUAAAGGAACCCACAUGGGUCCAUCUGAGAUUGGUCUCUUAGCAACUGUUGGAGUAACCGAAGUAGAAGUUAACAAGUUUCCAGUAGUUGCAGUCAUGUCAACAGGGAAUGAGCUACUGAAUCCUGAAGAUGACCUCUUACCAGGAAAGAUUCGGGACAGUAACCGUUCAACUCUCCUAGCUACAAUCCAAGAACAUGGCUACCCAACAAUCAACUUGGGAAUUGUAGGAGAUAACCCAGAUGAUUUACUGAAUGCACUGAAUGAGGGUAUCAGCCGUGCUGAUGUGAUCAUUACAUCAGGAGGUGUAUCUAUGGGGGAAAAGGACUAUCUUAAACAGGUGCUGGAUAUUGAUCUUCAUGCACAGAUUCACUUUGGCAGAGUUUUUAUGAAACCAGGCCUGCCGACAACUUUUGCAACGCUGGAUAUUGAUGGUGUAAGAAAAAUAAUCUUUGCGCUCCCAGGCAACCCCGUGUCAGCUGUUGUCACCUGCAAUCUCUUUGUUGUUCCCGCACUGAGGAAAAUGCAGGGUAUCCUGGAUCCUCGGCCCACCAUCAUCAAAGCCAGGUUAUCAUGUGAUGUAAAAUUGGACCCCCGCCCAGAAUAUCAUCGGUGCAUACUGACUUGGCAUCACCAAGAACCACUACCUUGGGCACAGAGUACAGGGAAUCAGAUGAGCAGUCGUCUGAUGAGUAUGCGCAGUGCCAAUGGACUGUUGAUGCUACCUCCAAAGACAGAGCAGUAUGUGGAGCUUCACAAGGGGGAGGUGGUGGAUGUCAUGGUCAUUGGAAGGCUAUGAUGUCACCAGCAAGAACGAAGCUUUGAUGCAUGUCCACAUAUCAUUGACUGUAUCCUGUAAUAUGCAAUGGCACAGCUAGUUUUUCUGAUUUGGAUAACAGUUGAUCAGUAUAGUCAACAUCUUGGAUUAUAUUUCAAAUGGAAUUUAAAUAAAUACCUUUUAAAAAAAACUUUAAAACAAAUCUUAACAAAGAAAUUUAUUCUGAUUAUAUCAAAGCAACUUUUUCCUUUCCUUGCAAUUGCUUUGUGUGUUCAAUGCUAGUUCUAAUAGCGGUAGCUUUUAGUAGACAGCAGUAGGUGCCUGCAGAACUUGUGUUUUUUCUCAUCUUUAAGAUACAACUACUUAUGCUCUUAAAAUAAGGCUGUCUGCUUAUUUAUACUAGCGUAGACAACACUUGGAUUUCCCUUAUUAGUAUGCUUCAUAACCGCUUCACAGAGAGCUUCUGCUUGUUCUUUAUCUUGUAUCUCGUGUUGAUGUGCACAGUGCCAAAAGCAGAGUGGCUGCACUGGGAACCCAAUGAAGCCCCGAGGUUUUCUCACCUCGCUGUGCAUUCAGGGAUCUCUCUUGUCCCGGCAGCCACCCAGCUCAGUACUCUUGGGCAGUAACUGGAUACCUUUUAUUUCAACAAACAAAAAAAUUGCUUCCUUAAGUGCUGACAGCCUUUUUAACCAAUACAUUUAAAAAUGUACAGAACUAAAAACUAAAAAAAAUCAAAGACUGAUCUUGUACAGAUAUUAGUGUUACCAGCAUUCGUGUGGAAAUUAAAUGAGCAAAGAAAUAAAACUAAUGUUAAACAACUCUGUACCAUAACAUUUUCUGUAAUGAUAUUGAAACUUAAAUGAAUAAAAAAAAAUCCUCAAUCAUUAUUUAAAA